UCCUCUCUCAGCCCAUUGCGUUGCCGUCCCUAGCCGCGCUCUACUGUGACGGUUCCCUUGUUAGGUACCCAACGGUUCUGUUCGCUUGCUUGGUGUCGUCUUCCCCAACCUUAUUGCCAACACAUCAUCACCAUUCCUAACUCACCAACUUGACUUGAACUCACUCCCAAGUUCCACUACGCACGCACACAAGAGACAGAAGAAACAUGGCUCCACACGUACCCCCCUCAGGCGUCUGGUGCCCAGCCGUCACGCUCUUCAACCCCGACACCGACACCCUUGACGCGCCCGCCCAGUCGCUUUAUUACUCCUACCUGGGCAAGCAGACCGGCCUCGCCGGCCUGGUGAUCCUCGGCACCAAUGCCGAGACGUUCCUCCUGACGCGCGAGGAGCGCAAGGAGCUGCUCGUCCUGGCUCGCAAGGUGCUCGGCCCGGACUUCCCCAUCAUGGCGGGCGUCGGCGGCCACUCGGUCCGGCAGGUGAACGAGUUCGUCGCGGAUGCCGUGGAGGCUGGUGCCGAUUACGUACUGCUGCUGCCGCCGGGGUAUUUCAAGGUGGCCAACAUGGGCGAGGUCGUGGAGGGGUUCUAUGCCCAGGUGGCGGACGCGUGGGCCGGGAAGGGGGUGAGGAUUGUGGUGUAUAACUUCCCUGGCGUUUGUGGGGGGGUGGACUUGGAUAGUGAGACCAUUGCGCGGUUGGUGAGGAGGCACGAGAACAUUGUGGGAGUGAAGCUCACGUGCGGGAGCGUGGCUAAGAUCACGAGGCUGGCGGCCGAGUUCCCCCCAGAGAGGUUUGCGGUGUUUGGCGGGCAGAGUGAUUUCUUGAUCGGGGGGCUCGCGGUCGGCAGCGCUGGAUGCAUUGCCGCAUUCGCAAACGUGUUUCCCAAGACGAUCGUGGAAGUGUACAACCUGUACAAGGCCGGGAAGACGCUAGAGGCGUUAGAGCUGCACAAAAAAGCUGCGCUGGCGGAGCAGGCGACCAAGACUGGAGGCAUUGCGGCCACCAAGUAUGCGGCAAGUGUGUUCACGGCGCCGCUGGCUGGUGUUAAGGAUGCCGAGAGCAAGAUGAUGCCGAGAAGGCCGUAUCUGCCCCCUGGAGCGGAAGCCAAAAGGAAGAUCAGGGAGGCGCUAGCUGGGGUUGCUGAGAUCGAGAAGAGCAUUGCAAGGUGAGAGCCCCUGGCGGAGGCAUGGCAACCGGGAGCUGGUAGCCUGGUAUGAAGAAACAAGA